GUGUGCCACUCUCCCAGCCUGUCCACUUCCAGAGCUGUCCCCGGGCCCGGUUCUGGGGCAAAAAUGCCGGCCCUUCACAUCGAAGAUUUGCCAGAAAAGGAAAAGCUGAAGAUGGAAGUUGAGCAACUUCGCAAAGAAGUGAAGAUGCAGACGCAACAGGUGUCUAAAUGUUCUGAAGAAAUAAAGAACUACAUUGAAGAACGUUCUGGAAAGGAUCCUCUGGUGAGAGGAAUUCCAGAAGACAAGAAUCCUUUUAAAGAGAAAGGCAGCUGUAUUAUUUCAUAAAAUAACUCUGGAGAGAAAUUUGAUCCUCAGUAGAAGAACUAGUUCAUUUUGGUUUUCUGAAAUAAAACCGAAAUUCCUUUCAAAGAAGGAAAACAAAAUUUAAGGACUUUCUUAAACACUUAUAUUGAUAUGGUUAUGUAUAAAAGCUGUGUGCUUCUCAUCUUCGCUCACUACACCCCCUUGUUAAGAGGGCAGAGAGUAUCAAAUGUACAGUUAUGGAAAUAAGGACAUUACUUGUGCAUGACUCACUUCUUUCAGUAUAUUGCUUGAUGCCUUAAAUAAAGUUUUAUCUCUGGAAAAAAAA